AUGGCCACUUCUGGUGUGUCUUACGCCCCGGCUCCAGCUGGAGUCCCCUCGCUGGCUCUUGCACCGGCGCCUGCACUGGCCGCCAAGAGUUCUGUCGCCCCAUCGCCCGGUCCUGGUACACCCGGCUCUAUUACCUCGAAAGAAUGGGUAAUUCCACCACGCCCCAAGCCCGGCCGCAAGCCGGCUACGGAUACGCCCCCAACCAAACGCAAGGCACAGAACAGGGCUGCUCAGCGAGCUUUCCGUGAGCGCCGUGCUGCCCGCGUCAGCGAACUGGAGGAGCAGAUGAAGGAUAUUGAAGAUGGCCACGACAUGCAAGUGGCACAACUCAACCAGCAGAUUGGCAACCUCUCCAAUGAGGUUGACCAGGUUCGUGAGGAGAUGGGCUGGUGGCGCGACAGAUGUCACGCUCUAGAGAAAGAGGUUUCUAUCGAGCGCAGUGCAAAGGAAGCUCUAGUCAAGGAGUUCCGUUCGUCUCUUUCAGAUCCCAACAGCCGAUCUGCUCCUAUCCCAGACUCUGUGCCUUUGCCACCUCGGAAUCGCCCUACUACCCGAAGCUCCCGCAUGGAAGAUGUCGUUCCUACUAGCAGUGCCGACCGGAACAAGGAAGAUGGACAGAUGAACGUUCCCCUUGGCUGUAACAACUGCUCCAACGCUCACUGCCAGUGCAUCGAAGAUGCAUUUGCCAUGCCUAUCGACACUCAUGAGUCUUCCCGCUCUAGACACCCACCUCAUGGUGUUGGCAGCCCUACUCGCAACCUUGGUGAACCCGAUAUCAAGCCUGACCCCGAGGAGAUGGAGAUCGACUUUACCGCCCAAUUCUCCGGCGUCCCAGCACAAUCCCACGACAACGACGUCUCCUCACCCCCCGUUGACCCCUGUGGUUUCUGCCAGGAUGGAACUCCCUGUAUUUGCGCGGAGAUGGCCGCCCAGGAACACCAACGUGGCCGCCGCAACUCCUUCGAGAACAACCGCCUCGCCCCGAUCCAAUCUAUCUCCCAAUUCACACCACCCCCGUCGGAGGGCGAUGUCCGCUCAGAAGUCGUCCUUCCACCAAUCAGCCAAGCGACUGCAUCCAACCCCUGCGCCAACGGGCCGGGUACCUGCGCCCAAUGUCUUGCCGACCCUCGAAGCACCCUUUUUUGCAAGACGCUGGCAGCCUCCCGGUCAGCGAGCGGAACUCCAUCGGGAGGAGGCUGCUGCGGCGGAGGUGGAAAGGACGGCGGAUGCUGCAUGUCAAGAAAUGCCCCCGCCACCACGACCUCCGCGCGUAACAACACCGCCAUGCCUCCGCAACCUCCCGCACCCAAGCCCGCUCCUCCCUCCGAGUUAACACUCAGCUGUGCUGACGCUUUCACCACCCUCUCACGCCACCCGAACUUCUCCCGCGCCAGCGACGAGAUCUCUUCCUGGCUGCCGAAGCUUCACACCCUCCCUAACCCUCGUGACCUUGCUCUCGCCGAGGCCCGUGGUAGUCGAGCGGCUAUGGAAGUCGAAGCUGCAAGCGUCAUGGGCGUGCUGCGCUACUUCGACCGACGCUUCGCUGAAAAAUAA